CGGUCGCGCUAUCCACCCCUCACUGAUGCACAGAACAAUCCUGUUGAUGGCGGCAAGGAAGUUUCAGGAGACACUCCUGCAGAAAAAAGUCGGUCGCGCUUGUUUGAUCCACAGCCACAUCUACUCAGCAACAGCGGUGACAAUUCCGACGAGUCUGAAGAUGACGGCUUCUACGCUGUUCGCACUGCAAGUCGUCGUGGUAAGAAGCGCGAGGCGCCCCGUGGUAAACAGCUUGAACCUUUCUCUCGUCGCUCCUUACCAAAGACACAGAAAGAGCUAGAUGAUUUCGAGCAGAAGAUCAGGCGCAGUCAAAGUAGGCGCGAGGGUAAAAAACGUAGGCGAUUUCAAACUUCAGUCGACCCUCUCAUUUCAGAUGCACAAGAGCUAUUAGCGGACGACUUCGGUCACAUGUUUCCAGGACAGGUUUUCACUUUCAGUCAAAAAGUUCUUUUUCAGAAUGCCGAAUGGAAGAAAGCAGUACGUGAGAACGCCAUACUAAAGGAAUUCAUAGCUCUCGAGACAAACGACAACAUCAAUUCCGAGCACAUCAUCGAGGCUACUCUUACCGGUUCCAACAAAGCUAUCACGUCCGUCCGAAUGUCCGACGCCACAUUGUUGCGUCAUUUAGCCGAACGAAGCGGAUCUCCAUCGACGUUCACAAGACUCCGUAAGAAGAAAAUGAUGGCGUCGACCCAGAGUGUAGAUUCACCAGAUCCUGGAGCAGCGAAUAUGCACCGUCGCACUCAUCCCUCAGAUCUUACUUCGACGCAGCGAGCAGAACCGGAAACCGACGAAGAUACUGAUGACGUCUCAGUCUCCCACCGCGGCGGAACUGGUGCAGUAGCCACUGACGAAGCUCUCCAUGAAGUGCUUCAGCAAGCUGUCGUUCGUAUCAACGCCGAGCAAGACUCCAGCAGCCGACAGAACGAUCAGUCAACCCCUCGAAACGUGCAUUCGACCCGCGAAGACGUACAGUCAACCUUUCAAGCCGGAUCCUCCACGUCCCGCGGCCCAAAUGAGGUUGAUUUCCAACAUGAGCAUCAGCUCCCAUUGCAGCAACAGGAAGCUCCAGACACACCACAGCAAGCUCAGCAACAGCAGUAUCGUGCCCAAACCGAGCCUCGACCUGGCCGGGCUGUAGCCGAGCGGUCUUCUCUAUUUAGAAGAGUGGGAACCAUCACAGGCAAUACCCUCGCUGCUCUGUCACCAUUCCGCCGUGCUCGACGCAAUCCUCAAGAACGACAGAGGAUCCUUGCACAGCAAGCCCCGACUCAAUCUACCACCGAACCCGCCACUGAAGCCACCACUGAAUCCGCCACUGAGCCCACCAUUGAACCCGCCACCGAUAUCGCAGAAUCAGAAGCCUCUACAGAUAGAGACGAACCAGGAGUCGGAGCAGACUGGUGGCGUGACGGCGCAACUCGGUCUGGAACGUACCCAAGUACAUCCAGGCCACUAAUGAACACAUCUCAAAGCGGCACCCAACAAGUCGCUAACAGAUCACGAGGUACGUCGCCAAGAUGGUCGCAGUCCGUACAACGGCCUAGAUCUCGCACGUCGCGAGUGGCGAGCCAUGGCCCUUCUCAAGCCAGUCCUGAACGUGCUUCAGCAAUGCAACAACGCAACGACAAUACUGCACCACAGACUGCUCGCGAAAGCCGAACGGAAUCUCUCGAAGAAAGAUCCAUGCAAGCGGAGAGCAUGCGAAAGAAAGAAAGAGCCCGCAGCAGAGUUCUUGCAAAGAGAUCUUUUGAGGCCGAGACGGUUGACGAGCAAGAGACCCUUCAGAAGAGAGGUCUUUCUGAAUUGGACGGAAAAUCAAAACGGAAGCGGUACUCAAUGCCUGGUGCUUUCGAUGAUAGCCAGAUGGACGAUACGUACAUUUCCGAAACUGAGGCCUGGCCAAUUGGCGUCCCAGACCUGCGCAGACCUGGAGAGAAAUUGCCAGCACUACCUCGAAGAGCGUACAUUCAGGCUGAGCAGAUAUUCACGAACGCGAAUGGCACCACGGACCCGGUCAUCUUCUCAUGGCGUCACAUGCUCUGUCGCGCUAUGUAUCAAGUCCUUGGCGCACCUCCUCACCUGCGACUCAAGUGGUUCCUCAUGAUGUUCGGCAAUAACUCUGAUAAACAGCAAUUGGAUAUGUCGAGCUACAUGCAGUGGUAUUGUAGCGACGAAGAAAAAUGGAAGCGCUGGCUACCGGGCUUCAGCUCCUUCUCCGACUUCACAUCCGCCAAUCGCAUAGCGCUCACCAAAGCAUAUUGUGAGAGUGAGCUGGUCGACGUAGAAAACCUCAUCUUUCACCGCAGAUUCAACACGAGUCAGACAUACCUCCCACAGUUACCUUUCGACUCUACUACGUAUAUGGAUGAGACACCCAAGAAUCGCAAUCGCUCCAAAUCCACGUCCCGAUCGAGGACCUCUGGCAAGUUCGUUGUCCCCGACACCGACGAUGAUGAUAGCAGCAUAUACACGCCCAGCAUCGACAUGAACAGCGAGCAAGUCAAGAUUGAGCAACGCAAGAGUGGUCAUGCCAAAGGUGGAUCCACCUUUACCGUACCAGAAGACAGCGAUGACGAUGACGAGAGCACAUUGAUUCUUGACACACCUUCGAAACCACCUCCUCGUCCAACGCCUGCUCAUGCCACCCUCCCAGGAGUUUCCGCACCGGCAACAUCUCCCAGGCCAAACAUCUUCGCUGCUGAAGGUGUCGACAAAAAACGUACCUCUACAGGUAUUCCAUCGACUUCCCGGCCCUCGGUGAGCUCUACACCCCAGGAUGCUGCUGCCUCGAUCAUUGCAGCAGCACCUGGGGUGGCUAGGGCUCACCCCAAGGUCAUCGGCCUCGCUUCGUCGAUGGCCACGAAGCCCAAGAACACCAGCAAUCUUGCUGGGCCUCCCCUCAUCGCCUCCCCAACCCAGGAGAAAGACCUCAGGGUGGCGACCGCACCUACCCUCCCAAAGCUCACCCAAGCUAUCUCUUCUCCGGGCACGUCGCCGGAGGAGGAUAGAGUGAGCCCAGUAACUCCCACUACCCUCGCUGAGGAGCGCCUCACGUGGGUAGUGGGAGGGGCCACUCUACACGGUGAGCUGGCGGAGGAUAGGGUGGCGGUCGCCACGCCAAAGUUCUCCUCUCCUCCUUCUCGACGUCUAAGUAUAGACGAGGGAGGGGAGGGAGCGGUCUCCAAGAUGUUGGCUUUCUAA